CAAAAAUAGAUGGGAAAGACACAUGUCAAGAGAGCACAGAAAGAGGGGAGGAUCCUUUUUCAUUGGUCUAUUUCUUUUGCUGUCAUUCAGGAAAGACAAAUCCUAAGAUGACUCAUUACCUUCUCUACGUGUCUUUGUGGAAACUUCCUCUCCCUUCCACAACGGAAGUUUUUUCUGCACUUUCAUUUUCAUCUAGGACAGAGAGAGGGCUUGGAGAGGUAGGAGUGUCAAUAAAAGAGAAAACAACACAUGAAACAAACAAGUUACAUUAGUCAUUCUGCAAAGUUCCAUAGAACUUUGGGCCACUGCAACCCUAUGUAGAAGUUUGUCAGUGAGAAAUAAUGUUCAUGCAAACAGGAAAAAAUUAUCACAAACCCUCUUCUGAAGGGUGUGGCUGUAAUUUGACACCCUACACAAGGCUUCAAAAUAUUAAACUCUCCACAUCCUUAACGUCAAUGUUGGAGUGCUUUCCGGCAAUGAAAACCACCUUAAGUACCCCAUUCCACAAAUCAUUAAAGUAAGAUGAUGAUUGAUUUAUGAGUGUCCAUCUUCAACUAUAAAUGCUUCCUUGUCCCAAAAGAGCUACACCUUCAUCUCUCUAUAUCUUCUUUCUCUUCCUCUCUGAUAUACACUCACAAAUUCAGACACAUAGACACCAAUGUCAACACUGAACCAUCUUUUUGAUCUUCCUGAACAGAUAUGUUACGUACAAUGUGGAUUCUGCACCACUAUAUUAAUGGUAAUGGACUCUUUUGUCACUUCAACUGCACCUCUCAAGUUCAUCAUCUGCCUCUAUUUUCUAACUUCACUUGUUGAGUUCAUUUCUCUUUUUCUUUUCAAUUCAACUGAGAUGCAGGUAAGUGUCCCAUGCAGCAGUUUGUCAAUGGUGGUGACAGUAAGAUGUGGGCACUGCACAAGCCUCCUUUCUGUUAACAUGAUGAAAGCUUCUUUUGUCCCUUUCCACCUUUUAGCAUCUCUUAGUCAUCUUGAGCCAAAAGAAAGUAGUCCAGAACAAGAUGCUAACAGGACUUUGAACAGCCACAGUGCAUCCCUGAUGACCUAUUCUGAUUGUGAGGAAGAGGAUCUCAUUCCAAUGAGUAAUAUUGUGAAUAAACCUCCGGAGAAGAGACAGCGAACGCCAUCAGCUUAUAACUGCUUCAUCAAAGAAGAGAUUAAAAGGCUAAAGGCUGAGAACCCUGACAUGGCUCACAAAGAAGCAUUUAGUACUGCUGCAAAAAAUGUAAGUGGGCCAAUUUUCCCCCAACUCAGUGCAAAGGAGAUGAUCAAGAGAGCUGUAGCCAGACAGAUCAACUUGUGGAUCUUGACUCCCAAGUGGACCCUCCUGAUGCUGAGGUGAAUGAAGAAGAUGAUCAAGGUUUCCGUGGAAGAAAGGUCCAAAGGAACUCCAUCUUUGAAAGGACACCAUUUGAGUGAAGAGAAAGUUGAGUUUUUAUGACGUGACAAGAGAGUUGUUUUGUGUCUUAACAUUAAGGUUGCCUCUAAAUCAUUUUCCAAAUGAAGAAAAGAUGCUCUUUCUUGGUAAUGAGAAUGAAUUAAGUAGGAUUAAGAGCUCACAAUUUGAAACUUUGACAAGUGCUUAAAUUGAUAGUUUUAUCUGACAGCAGCAUGCUGGUUCCAUUAAUUAGUCUUCUUGACCACAAAUGUGUUUUUGUUUUUUGCUCAGGUAAGUGUUG